AUGGGCUGUUUUCUGUCCACGUCCCAAAACUGCCAGAUACCAGAUGUUAUAAAUCAAAUCAACAAACUGCCUCAGGAGACUAAAACCCCAUACCGUGCUUCUUAUCUACGUAAGAAGCACAUAUGGGGUGUUGAUACCAUCGGCUCUCCAGACCAGGGUUAA